AUGGCGAGUACGGCCACUGUCACGGAGUGUCCUAUCUGCAUGGAGGAGAUUGGCCCGCACGAACCUCUCGGCGAACUGCUUCCCUGCCACCACAAGUUCCAUUCCGAUUGCAUCCGGAAAUGGCACACCACCACAACGGGGGAGAUCCGACGCCCACUGUGUCCCUUCUGUAGAGAACAGUCGGAGACGCUGCUCAUACAGUACGACCACGGUGCGCCCGCUGGGUCGAGCAUCCGCGUCAACCUGCGGGACGGUUCCCGCUGCGAGUCGUCACCGAAUUCUUUCUCCCCACAGGGCGCGCAGAAUUAG